GUUAAUAUGGAAGUUGCCUUGUAUAGGAUUCCUUCCGUAGUUAGGAUUCCUUGGUACUAUAUAUACGAGGCUCAGCCCUCCAUCAUUAAUCAUAGAAAUUAAUCAUUCUUCAUUGUAUCGGAGCCUUCGUGCCAUUCUCUCUCUCGUCUCAACUAAGCGUCGCUGCAAAACCCUAGCAGCCCGCCUCCCUCUCUCUCGGCCGAACAUCUCACGACCGUCGGUCUCUCUUACUGGAGACCCUCGGCGGCUCACCUUCUCCCUCGGCGUCCCUCUCUCUCUCAGCAGUCUCCUCUUCUCCUCAGCAGGCCACCAUGUCCGAGAAAACGCCCGUCACCGGUGCACCAUCAUCUUCACCGACUCCCCACUUGGCCUUCACGACCAUCUCCAACGUGAAGCUCCAUGUUCCGAUCCUUCUCAGUUUCUCCGAUCCCAACUACAAAAAGUGGAGUCGGCUCUUUCUUCUUCUCAUCCGCCGGUUCUCUCUAGGUGAUUUUCUCACUAGCAAGUCUACUCUAUCUAGUGCCGACGACUCCGAGUGGUUUCAACUUGACGCCCUCAUUCAAGGAUGGAUCCUAUCUACGGUGAAUGACGAAGUUUGCGAUCUUGUCCUCUCCACCACCAAUUCGGCUUCGGAGUUAUGGCAAACAAUCUACAACCUUUUCCACGACAAUAAGGCGGCUCGAGCCAUGCAACUUGAGCACCAAUUCCGCACUACAACAAAGGGCUCACUCUCCAUGACCGUCUAUUGCCAAACCCUACAGAAUCUAGCCGAUUGGUUGGACGACGUCGAUGCCACCAUCUUCGAACAACAACUCGUUCUACAUGUCCUCUGUGGCCUUCCGGAUGAUCUACGGGGCCAAACGUCCUUUCUCCAGUACCAAACACCGCCCCCGACUUUUCUUCAAACUCGCUCAGCACUACUUUUAAUUGAACAACAACGAGCAGAUUUGGGGGUUGGCGGCAUCGGAGGAGACAGUGGGACAGCCCUGUACGUGGGCAGUGGCGGCUCUAGCAGUGGCGGCCCUCGGCGCUACGGCAGCGCUGGGGCCACGCAGAUUCCAGCGGCGGGGGUAGUUCUGGACAACCGCACCACCACCGGCAGCGUGGUGGACAGCAGCGGGGUCGUGGUCGCGGCUGAAGCUCUGGGUCAAAUGCAUUCACACCCUCGGGCAGCCCUCCGGACAGUUCACCCACCCGAAUUCUACCCCGGGCCUUCUCGGUCCAUGCCCUAUCCCCCACUCGCACAGCCCCUACCCUCAAGCCUACUUCACCACCCCCUACCCCUAUGCCGGUGCACCCUACAGCCAAAACAACCCAUCCCCACACCCCCACCCGACAGCCCCACCCUACCCGUCCCUAUCCCCCUCUCCUGUAACCCACACCGCCGGUGUCAACCCCCCUUCCCCCACAGCUUUAGCCCACUACUUUGACACCCUCACCCUCCGCAAUCCAAACUGGCCUCCUCCACCGCUGUUGGGGACUUGUCGUGUGGUCCAAAAUUUAUAAAAUAUUUUUGGUUUUUAUAUUUUCUUAUUUUUUUGGUUUUUUGAUAAAAUGGGGGAAAUAUGCUCAAAAGAUAAUCAACUCCUCCAACAAAGGUAACCCAAGAAACACCGCCAAGAACCCAAAACAAAAUUAAAAAGAGAACGAACACAAAUAGAACAUUACACGUAUAAUAGGCACGUAUACAAUAUAUUUCGUAACUUACGCACUUAAGAAUAGAAAAGAAUUCAAAGGCUCGAGUUGAUUCAUAUCCUUGACCACAUAUAGAGGAUCGUCAACUCUCUAUAAGGCCCGGAGUCAAAGAUUCAAAGGCCUUUUGGUUACUUUGAACCCCCACUCACCUCAAGCACUCAAACAAUGAUUCCAAAAGAUAAAAAAGUUUAUAAAAGAGCGAAUCUUUCUUUCAUUCUAACUCCCAUGCACAAAGUAUUCAUGAAGAACAUUUGAUACACUUUAAUAAACUUUAACGUCUAAUGAUGAAAAUAUUUUGCAGGUCUCCUUGAACUACUCAAGCAUAAGAAUUGUAAUCUAUUCACAUAAAAGAACAUUACAUAUUUUCAUUAAAUCAAGAGUUGUUUAUUGCGCUUAAACAAUCCCAAUUUUUAUGAAAAUAACAAACAAGAACACCAAGACAUAAACAAUCACU